AUGUUAUUCGGUGCUCUCGUCUUCAUUACCAAUGAAAAAAAAGUGAUUGAUUGCCGAAACCAGCAAGUGUUAAUUUCUGAAUCAUUAACAAGCUAUCGCUUGAUAUCUGAUGCCCAAUUCAUCGUUGUUAUUGAGAAGGACGCCAUGUUUCAAAAAUUAAUCGACGAAGUUUUUCUCGAAGUUCGCUCAUUCGCUUGGCUGUCAGCAAAUGGUGGCUUGAUUUCCGUGAGAAAACAGUUGUAUCGUUUCAUUCAGGGUAAAGGAUAUCCUGAUAUAUGCACACGUAAAGUAUUGCGUUGGUUGGUUGAAAAAUUGAAUGUUCCAAUUUACGGCUUAUUUGACAGCGAUCCUCACGGUAUCGAGAUAAUGUUAACGUUUAAAUAUGGAUCCUUGUCAGAUUGCAGAGAAGGACAAGGCUGCCAUGUGAAACAAAUUCAGUGGCUUGGAUUCAAGCCGUCAGAUAUAUCACGUUUACCCAUUAUGCAGCACCAAUUCCUGAACCUCUCGAAUCGCGAUUUCAUGAAAAUAUCGAAAAUUCGUCGCAGAGCUCAAGGACUGGGAGAAAACGACAUCGUCACCGAGCUGGAUCUGUUGCGUACGCUACGCACGAAGUUGGAACUGGAAGCGAUCUCUUCAAUAGCACCUCAGUACAUUACUCGUGUAUACCUCAUGUCUCGCUUAGCUACACCAUCUACACCCAGGUUCCAAAUGAUCUUACCCCCUUCUGAAACGCGGGGUGAGGAACACAGUAAUGACGUGUAUCGAGACUGCGUUGAGACGUAG